AUGUCCUCGGAUAAGAAGGGACACGAGCACACAUUUAACCACUUACCUGAAAUGGCCCAGAGCAGCAUGACAGUAUUAAUGGGUCCAGCUCGGGGUGCAGGGCUUGGAAGUGUUGGUGGUCUCCAAAUGGUGACAGCUCCUUUUGGUUUGCAGUCCCCAGGCUCUUCUGUUAUGAAGCAAAACGGGUCAUCAGAGAUAUUAAAUAAACUCUAUGAUACAGCAAUGGACAAGCUAGAGGGAGUGAAGAAGGACUAUGAUGCAUUAAGGAAGCGGUACAAUGAGAAGAUAGCAAGUCACAAUACAGAUCUUAGCCGACUAGAACAGGCUGAGGAGGAGAAUAGACGACUUCAGAAGCAGAUUGACAUGUUAAUGAAGCAGAGGGACACAGCAAUACAUUUCCAGCAGCAAUAUUCCUCCUCCCUCAGAAGAUUUGAGUCAGUCCAGCAGGAACUAAGCAAUGCCACAACACAAAACAAAGAGUUGCAGAGAGAGAUGGAGCGACUACAGUCAGAGGUGACCCGGUUCAAAACGAUGCAGCUGAAGGCAACGAAGGAUGCAGAGAAGUACAAGGAAGAGAGGGACUCGGUUUUCAACGAAUACCGCCUCAUAAUGAGUGAGAGAGAUCAAGUCAUUAAGGAGGUAGAUAAGCUGCAAACGGAGCUGGAGCUUGCAGAGUCCAAGCUGAAGAACACGUCCUCCGAGAAGCGAGUGGCUAGUGAAGAGAUGGAAGCUUUAAGACAG